AUGGCGUUCAAGGUCGAGACUAAGGGUCGGUCGAGGUCGGGAGAUGCGAGUGACAGAUUUUGUGGUCAUUGCAAUCGUGAGGGUCAUGAGGAAGAAACUUGUUAUCAGCUGAUUGGUUUUCCCGAAUGGUGGGAUGAAAAGAAACGAGGUGGUAGAGGGCCUGGUCGAGGAGGCAGGACGUCGAUUAGAGGAGGCAGAGGAGCUCGUGGGGCAGCGUCGUCGACCAGUGGUGUCGCUCGCGCCAAUGCCGUGAGUAAUACCACAGCAGGGGCGACAACCACUGUGACGAGUGGAGGCGGAUUGCAGGGAGCAGUGACGACAACCAAUCAUGAGCUUGUUGGUGUGACGAAGGAGCAAGUCCAGCAAAUAGUUGACAUCUUAUCACGACCACCAAACAAGUUGCAAGGUAAUCUUGAUUUACGAUGGAUUGUUGACAGUGGGGCCUCACGUCAUGUGACGGGUGAUAUUUCAAUUCUGAGAAAUAUCAAAACAUCGAGUAAUCAACAGGUUGUGUUACCAGAUGGUCAACCUGCAAAUUCAAAUCAAUAUGGUUCGGUGGUCUUGGAGGAUGGUUUUGUGCUCGAUAACUUUAAUCGAUCCCUGAGAGUUGUUCGCAGCGACAAUGGUACUGAGUUUAAUUGUUUGCAAGGUUAUUUCUUUAAAAAUGGGAUUCUGUUUGAGUCGUCAUGUGUUGGGACACCUCAACAGAAUGGGAGAGUCGAGAGGAAGCACCAACAUAUUUUGAAUGUUGGGAGAGCGUUACGGUUUCAAGGGAAUCUUCCUAUAAAAUUUUGGGGGGAAUGUAUUCUGGCUGCUUGUCACUUGAUCAAUCGUACACCUACACCGGUCCUUGACAAUAAAACCCCUUAUGAGAUGUUAUUUGGAAAACCACCAUCGUAUGUGUCUAUCCGGGUAUUUGGGUGUCUGUGUUAUGCAUAUAAUCUCCGGAGUAAAGGGGAUAAGUUUGCGUCUCGUGGUCGCAAAUGUGUGUUUCUGGGUUACCCGUUUGGCAGGAAGGGAUGGCAACUGUACGACCUGGAGACACACGAGUUCUUUGUCUCAAGGGAUGUAAAAUUUCAUGAACGGACGUUUCCAUUCGCAGACACGUCGACUAUGUUGCCUGCAAUGCAUGAUGGUGGUGGGGUGCUUGACCAGUGGGGUUUGGAUGAGAGUGGGACUGGAUGUACUCAGGAGGUGUCGCCUGCAGGUGACAAUGAGGAAGUGUCGUCACCUGCAGGUGCCACAGAGGAGGUGUCGUCGCCUGCGGGUGACACGGAGGAGGUCUUGUCGACUGUGAGGGAGGAAAAACAUGAUACACCUAGUCGAGGUGAAUCAGACGUCGUCUCAGGUGUAGAUGAGACGACGGGUAGUGAUGAGAGUGAGACAAGGCAAGGUUUGUUAAUGGAGGAAGGGUUCAUGGAGAGGAAGAAGGAAGGAAGAGAGGAGGGAAAAGGAAUAUGGUCAUUGGUUGUGGGUCCCACUAACGGAAGUUUGGAUGUCCGUUAA